AUGGUACGCAAGUGUGGGAAUUUACCACUCGCCAUUUCAUUACUUGGCGGGAUAUUGAGUAACAAGGAAUCAAGUGAAAAGUGGAAAUUGGUUAAUAAAAACAUAAGUGCCCGUACUGGUGUUGAAAAUCUGAAUGAUGAAAUUCAGCAAGUGUUGCACUUAAGUUAUCUAGACCUGCCAUGUUACUUGAAGACAUGCUUUCUCUAUACGGGUAUGUACAAGAAAGACGAGGUCAUUUCGGCAAUAGAUCCAUGUGUGAUGUGGAUCGCACAAGGCAUGAGCUCGCACCAUAAUCACCCAAAUGAAGUGAAGUUGAUGGAGAUAGCACAAGGCUACUUGACUGAGUUGGCUUCUAGGUUAAUUGUGGAAAUUGCACGUGAUGAUCCUACUCGUAGACAGACGACUAGAACGUGUAAACUUCAUGACGCUGUGCGAGAGAUGUGCUUGUCACUGGCAAGAGAUGAGGAUUUUGGUUUGCAAAACGCGCCAUUUGAUUAUUUAUUUGAAAAGUAA